ACAGGAAAUAUCUCCUCUGCUGAUAGUGAUGCAACAAAUUAAGUACAGUAUCAGGAUGCAACAUUCCAGGAUGUUUACAUCGAAUCAGAACGCUGCAAGCAAGUGGUGGGAUAGGGACCAUCAAAUAACACUUAUCUCAGGACUUUUAAUUUAAUUCUCUCAACUUAUAACAAUUUGAACAUCACACAGCUGUAAAUGGGAAAAAAUUCCGCUCUGUCAGCUGGAGGCAGUAUCACGUCCCAGCUGGUCCAGUAGUGUACGCCUGCGAGCUUGGAUAGAACACCUAAGAGUUUAAAGCUAUUCUAUAGGGGCUCCGCCGAGGUAUGUCGUCCGGGAAGAAAGAAGCUGGUGUUGAAAAUGAAGCUGUUAGGAACUUCCGCGAAUAUCUGCGCAUACCAUCUGUACAACCGGAUAUAAACUACGACGAAUGUGUGACGUUCCUCAAGUCGCAAGCCAAAAGUAUAGGGCUGCCUGUGCGAGUAUUUACCGUAGCAAUAGGCAAACCAAUAGUUGUUUUGACAUGGCAAGGAAAAGAGCCUUCGUUACCUUCGGUUCUCUUGAAUUCACACAUGGAUGUUGUUCCAGUUUUCCCAGAAAAAUGGACACAUGAACCAUUUGGUGCUGAAAAAGGCGAUGAUGGAAGAAUUUAUGCACGUGGCUCCCAAGACAUGAAAUGUGUGGGAAUUCAGUAUUUGGAAGCUAUAAGAAGAUUAAAACACAAUGGUGUUCGCCUCAGGAGGACAGUCCAUAUAAGUUUUGUGCCUGAUGAAGAAAUUGGAGGCAAAGACGGCAUGAAAAAGUUUGUGCAUACAUCUGAUUUCUUGGAGCUAAACGUGGGUUUUGCAAUGGAUGAAGGAAUGGCUAGUCCAACGGAUGAAUUUGUACUAUUUUAUGGUGAACGCAGCAUUUGGGGUUUGCACGUGCACUGUCCCGGUUCUCCUGGACAUGGAUCCUUACUGUUACCUGAUACUGCUGGAGAAAAAGUGAGACAUAUCAUUGAUCGUUUCAUGGAUUUCAGACAAAGAGAGAAGCAAAAAUUAAAUGAUAAUCCAAAUAUGGAAUUGGGAGAUGUCACUACAAUCAAUUUAACUCAAUUAAAGGGUGGUGUUCAGUCAAAUGUGGUUCCUCCGGAGUUGGUGGUGGUUUUUGAUGUACGAAUAUCGCCAUCAUUGGAUCAUGAAGAAUUUGAGUCAAUGGUUAAUACAUGGUGCAAGGAAGCUGGACCCGGAACAUGGAUUGAAUACGAGCAGAAAUGUCCUCGGGUUGAUGUUACUGCAUUGGACAAAAGUAACCCAUGGUGGCAAGCAUUCAAAGAUACUUGUGAUAAAUUGUGA